AAUCAGAGGAAGAAAACAACUCUGAUACCAACUUUUAUAUCCAGCAGGCUAACUAUCUUAACCUAACAAGUGGUAUCAUUGAAGCCGAGAUGAAUAAUAAUUUUAGUUGGGACCCUGAUACUGAAAUUAAUAAGGGAAAAGAAAGUGUUAGUAUAAAUAAUACAGAAACAAACCUUACCUCAUCUGAAAGAAUAGAAACUAAGACCAAGGCUACAAAAAAAGAAAGCCUUGAAUUAAUAAACAAACCUACUAGUCAACCAAAAGAUAGUAAUGAUUCAGACUUAUCAGAAAAAGAAUUAACCACCCAAGCACUAAUAGAGGAAAACACGAAAAAACUAUCAGCACCCGAAGAAAAAGCAGAAUCUAUUAAUAUACUAGUAAUCCAGUACCAAAAGAUGACUUCUAGAAGAAGACAGAAAUUAGCCUUUUAUACUCAACACAUUGAGAAUAGAAACACAUAUUUUGUUUAUACUCAUCCUACUCUAGGAAGUCAUUUUUCUAUGAGAGAGUUGAGAGAAGUAGAUUAUAGAGAUGUAUUGGCAAGAACAAAAUCAGGAGAACUUAUUUGA